ACUCCAGGGGUCGGAAUUGCUUAGGCAGCCCAUGAAUAAGGGGGUGCAAGGAGAAAUGGGUGGAGAAGGAAAAGGGGAGGGGUCACUCUUCAAGAGAGCUUGGGCCGUGGGACGCCCUGCCGCACGGGGAAUUGGGCCGUGGGACGCCCUGCCGCACGGGGAAUUGGGCCGUGGGACGCCCUGCCGCACGGGGAAUUGGGCCGUGGGAUGCCUAGUUGCUGCUGCCUUCAUUGUUCUUGGACUCUCUUGGAUCUCUGUCUGGGUCUGGACCCUAGAUCUUGGCUUGAUCAUCCUGCUCCAGCCAUGCAAUCCUCUGCAGCUCGUUUAACUUCCCAGCACGUACCCCUCUCCUCCCGCCCAGCUCAGUGAUGCUCGUCUCAGGAAGGUGGAUGUAUGUCAUGUCUUGCUGUCUUCUGGGACUAAACUUCUUUUUACUGCUGCAAGUUAAUUAUUGCAGAAUACUCUUGGUGCAUUCAAUGUCCCACCCUCUGCACCCACUCUCAUGGAUUCCCCAGGAUCUGUGCUAUGCCCCAGCUUUUAAAUAAUCUCUUGAAGAUACCCCUUUAAUGGGCCAGACAACCCCCCUCCCACCAAGGGUCCCACUGUUCCUUAAGGGCGAUCCCCACAGCCUCAGUGUCACUGAGACUGAGCCUUGGUGGGGUCCAGCACUCCAGCUUCACACCGUGAGCUCUGCCCAGCAAAUCCAGUUGAGGUAGAUUCCUGGUCAGAGACUUGUCCCCUCUUCAGGGAUCAAUGCAUCUCGGCAGAUAUUUGCAGUGACAUCCGGCAGCCUUCUCCAAACAGACCAGAAGGGUUAUUAGUCAACUGGAAUGAAGCAUUGGGAAGGGCUUUAAACUAGGUUCACCGGGGAAAGGAGACCAAAGCCCUGAGCUGGCUGAUCCGAGUAAGUCCCCAGAAAUGAAGACGGAGGCUGAGUCAGCACUGAGCCUGGCCGAGCGGAGAUCCAGCCAGGCCAUCAAUGAGGAUUAUGAAGACACGUCAUACGACCGGGGGCACCUGAACCCAAAUGCCUUCCAGUGUAAUGAUGGCCGCACAGCCACCUUCACCCUCACCAACGCCGCCCCCAUGGACCCCUGCUUCAACCGGAUCCACUGGUACAGGCUGGAGGAAACCCUCAAGAUGCAGCUAACUGGGAGCUGUGGAAAUGUGGGAGGCACCCCCUACCUGGUGACAGGGGCUGUUCCCAGUGACAGUAAGAAAAUCCCCAUAGAGGGGGAGGACAAGGAAGGGGACCGGAACCGGCCAUACAACCGGGUCUCGGUGCCCACCCAAGUCUGGACAGCUGUUUGCUGCGACCAUUGGGACAACAACCGCAAAUUCUCCUUCGCCUUCAUAGGAGAGAACAAGGAGGCAUCCAGUCUUCAAAUCAUCCCUGUGGAGCAGCUAAACACAGAGCUUUCACAUCUGUACAAGACUUCUGAGCCAGUCAAGGUCUUUGCAGAUGACUGUGGCUCCAGGAGCCAGAAAGGACAACAGGUUUUGUCAGCAGUAAAGAAAGCCUUGUACAACAGCUUCCAGAACUUUCUAAUAGACUCUUACUCCCAGCUCCUUCCACCGGUGAAAAGGAGUAAACUGGACAGGGAGACCACCCAGGUGAUGACAAGCACAAACUUGGAUCAGAACAAGAUGCAGCUGACGAGCAUUGGGUUCCUGAUGGGUAUUUCCAACCUGACAGACUGGCACAGUCAGUUUGAGAACACGUACAAACAGGACAACCUGGCCUGCGUGCUGGCCCCUGCUGUGGCUGGAGUGGCAAAGGCUUCCGGGAUUUCGGACAGAGUCUGCACCCUCCAGGAGCAGAAACACCUGCCGAACUCUGGUGUAACAGCCAAAGGCUGGAGCUGUGUUGGGCAGACCUGUGGCGAGCAUGGAUACAAAUACAGCUGGUGUUACACAUCUUACGAGAAUGACUGGGAUUACUGCUGUACGGAGAAGUGCACAGUGGAUCCAGGGUCUAAACGAUACGAGUGCCCACGAGGAGAUGGUUCCACCACGGAAUGCUCACCCCAGUACUCCACGGUGACCGUCUCUGGGAAGGCCUGUCGGGCUGACCAUCCCUGUGGCCUUUAUGAGAAAAGUUACUUCUGGUGCUAUACGGAUUAUCGAGACAACUGGGACUAUUGCUGCUCCCCCCAGCACUACUGUGGGUACCACAGCUCUAACUACCAGUGGUGUUACAGCCAGGACCCAAAGGCAGACUGGAGGGAGUGCACCCCGUGACAUGCCCACUGGGGAGGGAAGGGGCAACUGGGUGCUUGUCUGGCUCCUUCACACCACAGCAGAGAAGAAAUGAACCAGCUACCUUAAUCUAUUAGUGCUAUAGGCCCCGCCCCACGGAUGCAGAGACUCCACCCAUUUCCUCCAUCUGUCUCUUUAGAUUUUAAAAUGUCAUAAAAAAAAAAUCUCCCUCCCACCCAGAAUCUUAGACAGCACCUUCAAGCCAUUUCCACAGGAGAGUCUCUUCCACCGGCUGCCCUGGGUUUGAAGGUCUCCAUGCAAUAGGACUGGGCUCCCUCUUUAAAACCAACUACAGACUUUGGAUGCCCGACUUCAGACACUUUAAAAAAGGGUGGUUUGCACAGCGUGCUGGGCACCCGGCCUCUCCAAAACGAGCCACCGUCGGGAGACAUUUUUAAACGUACCUCAGGAGUUUAGGAGCACAAGUGUCAUUAGCAGUCACUGGAAGUGGUGCUCCUAAAGCUCCAAGGUGGUUUGAAAUUUAUCCCCAUAAAGCUUCUCAUUUUGUGCAUCCAAAACACAGGCAUUUAAGCUUUGUCAUCAGAAUUGGUUGCAAAAAGUCAACAAUGGCAUCAUUCAGAUAGUUUUUAAAAGUCCUUUUGUGCAGGAAUUUUCCACAGAUUGGCUCAAAUUUUAAGCAGUGAGAGGAUUAGCCAUUGGAGUAAUGUACUGGGAAUGUGAUGAAUUUUCUGUCACUCAGGUCUUUAAAUCAGGCUAGGUCUAGGAUAUCGUGGUAAAAGAUCUGUUCUCAUCCAACAACACGGUACUGGCCUCAGUGCAGGAAUCACUAGGUGAGGUUCUCUGGCUUGUGUGGCACAGAAGCUCAGACAUGAUGGUUAGAAAGUUCCUUUCUGCCUCAUUGAUGUAUAUUAAUCUAUCAAUCUGAUCCGCUUUUACCAAGAUACUCUUGCAGUAACUGGGACCUGCAGAUCUCUCCUAAUUGUCAGAUCACGUGCAGGGACGUGGCGUGGGUGGAAGUUCAAAAAACAUUGCAAUAACCUGUAACAAUGAUGAUAGAUAGGAGGGUUACGAGAAGGGAUCAGAAAGACAGGAUUCGUCCAAACAAAAAUGCAACCCCAGCACUGUAUUAGGAUCGUGACUGAUAAACCAAGGAAGGACAGACUCAGAAAUCAAUUGACCAAACAUGGUGUGUCAGAAAUCAGGAUAAUUAGUGAAUGAACUAAUGAGGGGAUUCUCCAUUUCCCCCCUCCCCCACUCAUCCUUUUUAGAGCUUCAAAAGGAGACUUUGGGGACCAGAAAGUGUGGAGUGGACUCCUGGGGGAAAGGCCAGCAGGCCUCUGGUUUGCUUCAGAGACUCUGUCCUUCAUUGGUGAGCCUGGAUCACCAGGCCAACACCCUGGCGAGGACACCUGGCCAUCACUGCUAGACCAGCAAACACCCUGCUUGAUACAGGUGAGCUCCUGCUCUGUCUGCCCUCUCCUCGCGUAUCGCUUUCCCUUCUCCAUUCUCUUCCUCCCCUCGUAUCUCUCUCUCUCAGCUGUUCCUGACCCUGCAGCCAGCUGCACGACAUGGCGCCAGCGUGACAGGAGGCUCUUUCCAGUCUGAGAAGGACCAGUGAAGGAGAGGGGCCUAGCCAGACCAGCCAGAUGAGGUCCCUGACCAGCGUAGCGAGCCGGGGCAAGAGCAAUGGGUAUCACAGCCAAUCUGCCAGCCCAGAGCCAAAGCCUACAUCCGUGACUGACCAGCCACCUGGUGUCCUGAGACCAUCAACCAAAGCUGUAUUUCCCCCAUUCAUACUGUGCUGUCUCAUCUCCCCCGUUGUGUCUGUCUGUCUUGUCAAGAUCAGGAAAGGGAACAGUCAUUCACAGGAAGCAGCUCAGAGCCCCACCACAGAACUAGUCCUUUCGUCCCCAAUACAAAGGGUCUCCCAACGGGACGAGAUACUCUAACCAAUAUCCUCCCUCUGGAAAAGAGGCUUGCAGAGGCUUCGAUUAAAUUUCUCUUCCUUAAUGCUCCAUUUCAGUCCCAGAAUGAUUUGUGCUUUGUUUUCAAUCCUUUUUCUCAUGUGUAGCCUAAUCAAUCAAUUAUUAAACUGUGGCAUGGA